AUGGAGGGGUUCGCCGUGGGGAGCGUCUUGCUGACCGGCUGCGAUGAGGGGCUCGGGCUGGGGCUGCUGAAGGGCUUGCUGGAGCAGCCCAGCCCGCCCCGGCACCUCUUCGCCGCUUGCCUGGACCCCCAGGGGAAGGCUGUCAACGAGGUGGCUUUGGGCUGCCCCAACGUCGUGGUCCUGCCUCUAGAUGUGACAGACCCCAACAGCAUUAAGGCAGCGGUUGGGAAGGUGCGGGAGGAGGUGGGAAGCGCCGGCCUCAACCUCCUGAUCAACAACACUGGCACCAUGCGCCGCAGCACACUGGACACCGAGACGGCAGAGAACAUGUCCCUCGUCUACACCACUAACACCAUCGGGCCCCUGCAGGCCCUGCAGGCGUUCCUGCCCCUGCUGAAGGAGGCAGCUGAGGCUGAAGGGCAGCGUGGGAUGAGCUGCAGCAGAGCCGCCAUUGUCAACAUCUCCAGCAUCCUGGGCUCCAUCGAGGCAGUGGAGGCUUGGGGAGAGAGGCAGGACGUCUGCUACCGCUGCAGCAAGGCUGCUCUGAACAUGCUCACCAAAUGCCUGGCCCUGGAGUACGGGGGCAGUGGGAUCCUCUGUGUGUCUGUGGACCCUGGCUUUGUGACACCCCCCUUGGAACAGGGGACGGGCCCGGUGACGAUGGAGGAGAGUGUGCGGGGCGUCCUGCAGCUGCUGGCCCAGCUCUCAGCCACCAGCAAUGGCACCUUCUGGGACUGGAGAGGGCAGAGCCUGCCCUGGUGA